UUCACUUUGAACGAUCGGAUUUUGAUAAAAAUAAUACAUUGUCUCGUCCAGUUUCGAUCUUUGAAGGUCGGUCACUUGCACCACCAUCACCACAAAUGGGUCGGCGGCCCUCUCGCUCAUCACGCCAAAGUUUCUCAGAGGAUAGUGGUUCGACACUUGGCAAUACUACUGAUCGUUUACUGCUUGAAACGCUUAAAGAAUUAGAUAGAUCAAAAGAAACGACCAAGAAAUAUGAGGCCAGGAUAAAAAAACUUGAAGACUUAUUGCAUACUAAUUAUCAAGCCUCCAAAAAUUCUACAAUGCUCUCUGACACGCAUAAAAUAGAUCCAAAAUUUUCCGUUUCAGCGGAAUUAGAAAAGAAUGCACUUCAAGAAAAAUAUAACGAGCUCCAAAAUCAAUAUAAUCUAUCAUUAACACGAUGCAAUGAGUUGGAGACAAAAGUUGCUGAGCUUGAGAAAGUUAAUCAAGCGCAUGAAAAUUAUAUAGUAGAAACAAAUAAUGAAAAAAGUAAUCAAUUGGAAGAACUUCAGAAUCGUGUUAAUGAAUUGAAUCAAACAUUGCUUAAUGAAAAAUCCGAAAAAAAAAUGCUUGGUGACAAGUAUGAAGAUAGGAUUCAAGAGUUAGAAUCACUUUUGCGUGAAUCUAAUAGGAAAAAUGUCGACCUAGAGAAGGAAUUAGAAGUGUUGAAAACUGAUAAUGAACUUGUCAAAAAAGAAAAGGAUGCUGCUGAAGCAGAAACCUUUACGCUGGAUUCUAAGAUUAAUAGUAUUUUAGCAGAAAAUAAUAAAUUGAAAGGUCUAUUGGAAGACAGUCAGAAACAGAAUGAAGAGAGAGAGAGAUUGCACAAGCAAGAACUUGAUCAACUUCAGAAACAAUCAGAUGAAAAACUCCAAGAAAUUGAAGGUUGGAAAGAAACUCUAGAAAAGAUGAAUUCUGCUCGAGAAGAUUUGGAACAAAAUCUCGCCAAAUCACGAGAAAAAAUUAAAUCUAUAGAACAGGAUUAUAACGAACGCACAAAAACUUUUGCUACGACUGAGAAAUUAAUAAAAGACAUCUCCGAAACAAUUAAUGAAUAUAUGUUUAUUAUCACGUCUAAUGAAUCUUCUAAUUCAGAGCAGAGUUUUAUUAUUUGUAAACACCUUUUUGCUGAAUAUUCUAUUCUGUUGGCUGAAAAGGCGAUAUCAAACGAUAGUCUUGAUCCUAUAAUCAUGAUACGAAAUAUGGGAAACGCUGCAAAGUAUCUGGAUCAAAAGUUGCGUGAAACAAGUCAAUCAUUAGAUGCAUCAACGACUUUGAAAACGGAACUGGAAAAUUCACUAACUGAAUUGCGUCGAGAGUUGCAAGAGCGAACGGAAUUUUCUAAGGGGUUAAGUAAAUCUUUGUGGGAAUAUUACAGUAGCCUUCGGACAUUAAUGAAAACUAUGGAAUUAAAAAUACCAACGUUGGCUGAUAAUUAUGUAAUGAGUGUAACAUCUAUAUCACAGAAUGUUGAUGACAAUAAAACAGGAUUGUCAGAUAGUUGUUAUACAGAAGAUUUGAGCAAAUUUUUCCUUAACGAUAAUUGUGAUGAACAAAGUUUUUGGCCAAAAGAUAAAUAUGAAACUUUACUUUCAUUGACGAUGAAAGUAAAAUUGGAUGAGGUACGAGACCUAAUAUUGCGAGCGCUUAAAGAUGCUGAAAGUUUGAGAAAUCAAUCUCAAGAGGAAUCUAAAUCAUGGAGAGCAGAAAAUAAUCCUUUUGAAUUGCCAAUUGGCGUCAAGUAUUGCACAGUAGAUAUCGACGAAAAUUGGCAGAAUAUGACCAAUAGUUUUCAUAGUAGACGUUAUUCAGUAAAUACAACAGAUACUAUAACUCGCUCUCCCCGCUCUCACAAAAGUCAUAGCCUUCCUUCGCACUCAUUAUCAUCAUCGGUCAUUAUGUCUAACGACGUUAGAUCUCAAUCCAUUUCCGAGAUAAAGAAUUUUUCGACACCUCCAAACAGCAAUAAAUAG